AUGCACCUCUCUCUCCAAAAAGCGAUCUGGCUGGCCACUGGCCUGAUUCUCCCAGCCGUCAUCGCUCAAAGCUCCAGCCCCGGCGGCCCUGUCCAUGAAGGCCAGCCCGAGAACUGCAACGGAUGGCACACUGUGGUCAAGGACGACACCUGCCAAAAUGUGUCCCAGCGCUACAGCAUAUCUUUGGAGCAGUUUCUCGAGUGGAACCCCGCUGUCUCGUCCGAUUGCCGCAACAACUUUUGGAUCGACUCGGCCUAUUGUGUGAGGAUCGGAAAGAGCAGCUCGAAGCCCGCCACGUCUAUCAGUUCCACAUCUAUCUCCAAGGCCACUUCCAAGGCCACUUCUACUACCAAAGCCACGUCCCAGGCAACCAUCACCUCGGUCCCUGCGACGCCGACCACUUCGUACAACUCGACCUACUCAGUCCAGCACCCAGUCACCUCGUGGAACGUGUCGACUACGAGUACUGACAAGACUUGGCCGCCUACCAAGACGCUCGCGGGGCAGACGACAAUCUGCAACGCGUGGCAUCGCGUGGUCCCCGGUGACACGUGCCAGCGGCUGUUAGAUAUGUUCGGCCUGCAGUCCGUCGACGAUUUCCUGAGCUGGAAUCCCGCGGCCAAAGAGGACUGUGAGAUGCUCAUCGCCGAUUACUGGGUCUGCGUUGGCGUCCAACGGCAGGUAGGUAACACGGAUCUCGAGUGGGAGACGGCUCAGCCUGAGUUCACCGCGCCUCCCGAGCCCACCGAGUACACACCCGUUACGCUACCUACGGCUGACUCGAGCUUCACGCCGACUCCCUCUCAUGGACCUAUGCCCUCCAACUGCAAGGUGUUCCACCAGGCUAUAGCUAACCAAAACUGCAACGAUCUCGUGACCUUGUAUAGCUAUUUCUCGCAAGAACAAUUCUUGGCGUGGAACCCAGCUCUUGAUGGCAAUUGCUUGGGCCUCUGGCUCGACACGUGGUAUUGCGUCGGCGCAUACUCUGAUGACAACCUCCCACAACCCGCACAUCGAACCACCAAACCAACUGAGGGCAACAUUCCUUUGGGGUACCCCGCCGACUGCUCGCGAUGGUACCAAGCGAGCAGCGACGAGGCUUGCGACCUUAUCGCGCUUAUGUUUGGCAGCUUCAGCGUGGUCGAAUUUGUGAAGUGGAACCCGUCCGUCUUCAGCGAUUGCAGCGGCAUCGUCCCGGAGGCAUGGUAUUGUGUAGGCCGCCCAGGCACGCCGACAACGCGUACUCCCGGCGCGCCAACGCAAACGACCGCGUCGACCCAACCGGUAACGACUACCACAACUGCACCGGAGCCUGUGAAGACCCCCUCGCCUGUGCGCGAAGGCAUGACGGAAGACUGCGUGCGAUUCUACCUGCAGCAGCCAGGCGAAUUUUGCUGGGCGAUGGCGUCCGGUGCCGGGAUCUCCUUAGACCGAUUUUACGAAUGGAAUCCCGCAGUGGGAAGUGAUUGCGAAAAUCUGUGGCCCGAUUACUACUACUGCAUCGGUGUGUGA